AUGGAUCCCAGCAGGGAAAACCUCCUCAACAGAGCAGAUCGCUCGUCUAUUGACGGCAGUGACGCUGAAUCCGAUAUUGACGCGACUGAUUAUCUCCCCAAGAAUACUACCACCAAUCAAUCCCGGGUUCGACCAGCUGGACUCCUUCGACGAUGGCGCACCAGGAAAUGCUGUUUGAUCAUCGUCGGAACUGCAAUAGUAAUUUGGAUUCUCAUCUCAGCAAUCGGAGCAUUCGCAUGGAACAAGAUCAAAACGCCUCCCGUUGACGGACAAUCACCGCCAUGGUAUCCCAGUCCCAAAGGCGGUACUUCCAAAAACUGGGAGAAGAGCUAUGAAUUGGCCGCCAAGUUAGUCGGCAAGAUGACACUCGCGGAAAAAGUCAACAUCACUACCGGAACAGGCUGGAGUAUGGGUUUAGCAGUCGGUACUACUGGCGCUGCAACGAAUGUCGGGUUUCCAGCUUUGGCCCUGCAGGAUGGACCGCUCGGAAUUCGCUUUGCGGAUAAUGCGACGGCUUGGCCUGCGGGGAUUACAGUGGGUGCUACGUUUAACAGAAAACUCAUGUAUGAGCGAGGUCAUGCUCAUGGGAAAGAAGCAAAAGGGAAGGGCGUCAAUGUCAUUCUCGGCCCAGCGAUCGGCCCUCUUGGAAGAGCCCCCGCCGGCGGACGCAAUUGGGAGGGAUUUGGACCUGAUCCUUAUUUACAGGGCAUCGCAGGCGCUGAGACGAUACGUGGGAUACAAGAUGCUGGCGUCAUGGCGACGAUCAAGCACUUCAUCGGCAAUGAACAAGAGCAUUUCCGACAAGCCUGGGAAUGGGGUCUUCCGAAUGCUAUUUCUUCCAACAUUGACGACCGAACGCUUCAUGAGAUUUACGGAUGGCCGUUUCAGAAUGCUGUCAAGGCUGGUGUUGCGAGUGUGAUGUGCUCGUAUAACAUGGUCAACAACUCCUACGCGUGUCAGAACUCGAAGCUUUUGAAUGGAAUUCUUAAAGAUGAGAUGGGAUUCCAGGGGUUUGUCAUGUCGGAUUGGUUGGCGCAACGGUCUGGUGUUGCGAGUGCUCUUGCAGGAUUGGAUAUGAGUAUGCCCGGCGAUGGACUUAAAUGGCAGGACGGUGACUCUCUUUGGGGACCGCGUUUGACACAAGCUGUUCUUAAUGGGUCUUUACCUGUUGAUCGACUGAAUGACAUGGCGCUGCGAAUCGUUGCGUCGUUCUAUCAAUUGGGCCAGGAUAAGGAUGAUAACAAGGGACCGAACUUUUCGUCGUGGACGUAUGAGGAAAAGGGAGUCCUUGCACCAGGGAGUCCGUCGCCUCAAGAGGAAAUAGUCGUCAACCAGUAUGUGGAUGUACAGGAGGAUCAUGCUGAGUUGGCGAGGCAGAUUGCCAUCGAGGGAACUGUUGUACUCAAGAACGAGGGCGUUCUUCCCUUGAGUCGGAAGGGAAAGCUAGCCAAUUCUGAGUCGAAGAAAGAUGGAAAGAUCAAGAUUGGUAUCUUUGGCGAAGACGCUGGUCCUGGACACGGUCCCAAUUACUGCCCUGACCAAGGCUGCAACGACGGUACACUGGGUUCAGGCUGGGGCAGUGGUGCAGCUGACUUUCCCUUCCUCGUCGCUCCAAUCGAAGCUCUACGAAAAGAAUUCAAGAAUGACAAAGUCGACAUCAGCGAGUUCCUCUCCAACAAGAUCGACAACACAAAGAAGAUCACGCAGCAGGAUGUGUGCCUAGUCUUUGCCAACUCCGACGCAGGAGAGGGCUAUCUCUCAUGGAACAGCGUCCGCGGAGACCGCAACGACUUGUUCCUUCAGAAAGGCGGCGACGCGCUCAUCUCAAACGUCGCCAAUCACUGCGGCGGACCUACAAUCGUUGUUAUUCACGCUGUUGGACCCGUUGUUAUGGAGAGUUGGAUUAAUCACCCGCGCAUCAAAGCUGUACUCAUGGCGAACCUUCCCGGUGAAGAAAGCGGCAAUGGGAUCGCUAGUAUUCUCUUUGGCGAUGAGAGUCCAAGUGGAAAAUUGCCGUAUACGAUUGGUAAGGCUCUUGCAGAUUAUGGCCCUGGCGGACAGGUUUUGUACCUGCCGAACGGUGUUAUUCCACAGCAGGAUUUUAACGAGGGUUUGUAUAUCGAUUAUCGCCAUUUUGACAAGAAUGGUGUUGAUGUACGGUAUGAGUUUGGGUAUGGAUUGAGUUAUACUACUUUUGAGUAUAAGGAUUUGAAGAUUGAUGUCAAAGGGGACGUGUCGCAACUUCCAGCAUCGCGCGGUGCUUUGAGUGCCAAACCACCGAAGUUGGAUGAUAAGAUUCCUGAUGUUGAGGAAGGUCUUUGGCCUAAGAAUAUUCGACGGUUGAAGAAGUGGAUUUAUCCUUACAUUGAGUCUGCAGACGAUAUCAAGAAGGGCGAUUAUCCCUACCCAGAAGGCUACGACACACCUCAAACACCUUCUGCAGCGGGAGGCGAAGAAGGCGGUAACCCAGACUUGUGGAAGACGGUCGUCACGGUCUCUGUCGUGGUAACCAACACCGGUUCAGUCAAGGGCAAAGCUGUACCUCAGUUGUACCUCUCAUACCCUGAGUCCAAGGUCGACCAUCCUGUCCGUGUACUACGCGGGUUUGAGAAAGUUUCUCUCAAGAAGGGUGAGAGCAAGAAGGUCAAGUUUGAGCUUACGAGGAGGGAUUUGAGUUAUUGGGAUGUCGAAGAGCAGAAUUGGAGGGUUGAGGAUGGGGAGUACGUUAUUGCUGUUGGUGAUAGUUCGAGGGAUUUGAAGUUGACUGGAACAUUCAAGGCUGGUGGUUAG